ACAGCCAUUUUUGUAAAACACAAACAACAAGACGACCGAGCGAGACGGGAAAACUCAUUGCGACCGUUGCAGUUGCAAAAUAAACAGAAUAAAUUCAGCUGAAAUUCACGAUAAGGGUUUAAGUCAGACACAGGCGUGAUCAAACCAAACACGGAGCACGUACGUGCAAAAGGAGCGGUUUCUUUAAACAAGAUCCAACUCUGGAGAAUACAGUGGCUGGCUAGUUUAGCCUAGCUGGCCAGCAGGCUCGCUUUGGCACAUCCCGGAGUAGAGGUGUGAGGUGUUGGGAGCCGAGAAGUGAAAUUGUCAUCAGAAUAUUUCAAAAGAGAUUUCCAUAGCAAUAGAUGCAGUGUCACAAACUGCCCUAAAAAAUUUUUUAGCUGUGACUGCUGCUGUCAUUAAUGCUGCCACAAGUUCUUAAUAAAAAUAGCGUAUUUUUCCUCUCUAUAGUGUUUUCGAUUUGCUAAAUUGUUUUUUAAAGGUCAGAAAAAAUAGGCACGACAGUGUGGUGUGCCAUCUUUUGGAGCGCUUUUUUUCUGGCUUUAUACACGGCCUUUAUCUCCCUGAAACUGGCAGCUAUUACAGUACUUCUACAGAGUUCAGAAAUACCAAGUCCACCUCAGCACACAGAACCGUCAUAAGGGUUCUGACAGAACCAUCUCAUUCCUUUUCCACAUUUCUUCUGGUUUGCAACAGUCCUGUUCUUUGGACAAGAAACCUUGAGCCCUCUGGACACACAGAAUAUGACUGCUGAGACACUUAACUUCGGUCCAGAAUGGCUCCGUGCACUAUCCAGAGGGAAGAGCGUGACGUCCCCUCCCCCUUCCCCUGCGAUGCCAAAGUCCAAGUUGGCCGACUACCGCUAUGGCCGCGAGGAGAUGUUAGCACUUUAUGUCAAAGAUAACAAGAUUCCUGAGGACAUGCAGGAUAAGGAGUUCGCCCCCAUCCUGCAGGAUGAACCUCAGCAGCCGUUGGCCCUGGUGCCCCUAACUGAAGAGGAGCAGAGAAACUUCUCAAUGUCUGUGAAUAGCGUGGCGGUGCUGAGGCUUAUGGGUAAAGGAGGAGGGGCUGUACCAACAGGUGUGGCUAGAGGGCGAGGAAGCACUCGAGGGGGCAGAGGAAGAGGCAGAGGAGAGGGUGGAUUCUACCAAAGAAGUGCGGAGGAAGAGGUUGGCUUUGGCCGUGGACGUGAAAUGCAUCGCAGCCAGAGCUGGGAUGACAGAGGUGAACGACGUUUUGAAAAGCCCUUAAGGCGAGCUGAUGCUGGACGUGGUGGCUUUGAAGAGAGCGGAGCUGUAGGAAGAAAAGAUUAUACUCGCUCGGACAGCGAUAACUGGCGCAUACUCCGAGAGGAGCAGGAGGAAGAAGAUGAGGCGGACCCUGGGGGAAGCUGGAGGAUUGCAGGGGCACGCCGCGAUGAUGGGGGUCCUCGUUCAGCCGGUUGGCGGGAUCACAGCAGCGGGGAAGGCCGUCGUAGGAAGUUUGACUUUGACUUUCGAGACGGAGAGACUGGACGGAGAAGAGCUGGGAGUGAGGGAGGAGAAGACGACAGGGAUGGACUGCCUGAGUGGUGCACCGACGAAGAAGAGGGGGAAAUGGGAACCUUCGACUCUUCUGGAGCAUUCAUGUGCAUCAAGAAAAGCUCCAGAGAUACAAUCCAUGAAGACCAGGAACUGGAAUUUGAGGCUCUGGAGGAGGAAGAGGAGAGCGGUCAGGAGAGAAAGGAUAGCCCUACUGAUAAACCAGAGGAGUGCGAGGUUACACGUCAGGCAGAAGUAAAGCCACCAUCACCAAUUGUAUCUGCUUCCAUAUCCCCUCCAGAGCAAGAGACCCCUAAAACUAUAAUCACUCCCCCCUCGAAACCUGCACCCCAGCCUGCUGAAGAUGCACUUUCAGCUGGUGGCAGCACACAGCAAAUGCGGAGGUCCUCCCCUCCCCUGGGUAAUACAAACCUCCCGCCAAUGGGAGGAGACACUGAAGAGGAAGAUGGCAUGAAGCACCUUCAGCAGGAGGCAGAAAAGAUGGUGGCAUCCCUACAGGACACAUCUCUCGAAGAUGAAUGUUUCACUCAAGCACUUCAAGAGAGCCACAUCGCUGGGGUACACACUCACCCACACCCCACCUCUCACCCACACUCUCACUCCACCCCACACACCCUCUCACACUCCGCCAGCGCCCUACCCCUCUCCCACGAAUCCGCAAUGAAGUGGUUUUACAAAGACCCUCAAGGAGAGAUUCAAGGCCCGUUCACUAAAGUGGAGAUGUGUGAAUGGUUUCAAGCGGGGUAUUUUGCUAUGACCCUGCUGGUCAAACGUGGUUGUGACGAGGGAUUUCAGCCUCUGGGCGAAGUCAUUAAGAUGUGGGGACGUGUGCCUUUUUCUCCUGGCCCCUCUCCUCCUCCACUUCUGGGAAACAUGGACCAGGAGCUUCUGAAGAAACAGUUAGAGCAAGCUGCCACUGCAGCCCUGUACCAACAACUUCAGAUGAGAUUCCAGCACAUGAACAGGGAGUCUGGAAUAAUGCCUGCUAUGAACAGGUCCAUGUCAGUGCCAGACACCGGACCCUUGUGGGAUAUGCCUACCUCAGUCUCUCAGCAGUCAGGCGGUGAGACCAGUCUGUGGGACUUAACCAUGAGUAACUCCUCUCAGGGUCCAAAUCUUGAACAUUUGCAGAAAAUCCGUGAAGCCGAACUCAGGUUGAAGCGUGAAGAGGAGGAGAGGAAAAGGAGGGAGGAGAAACGCCGGCAGCAAGAGGAACAAAAAAGAAGGGAUGAGGAAGAACUUUAUAGACGAAAACAGUCCCGACAGCAGCAGGAGUUGAUCAUGAAGUUUCUGCAGCAGAGUCAGCAGCAGAGCGUGUCAGGAGGUGCAGGGUGGAGCGGAAGCCAGGGAGGAGCUCUAUCUAUGGGCAAAUCUGCAGGAAAAAACAUUGGACUUCUGGAGCUUGAGGCUGAGAGACUUCACAAGCAGCAACAGCAGCAGAGAGCUCAGCAGCAGCAAAGGCACGGAGGUUUGACAAUGGGCCAGUGGGGUGACGGGCCAACGGGGAUGUGGACAGGAGCUGGCAUGGAAGGGAAGGUUGGGGGUGGCAACCCUGCUAUGGGCAUGUGGGACGAAGCCAUGAAGAACCAGGCCAGCCAUCGCAACAUUGGCCUGAAGAACAGCCGCAGCAGUCCCUCUCUCAGUGAUCAGUACAUGCUGAAUCGCCGUAAGCGUACUGAUGAGGAGGAGAGGCUACUGAAGCUGCUUCAAGGGAUGAAACCUCAGGAUGGUUUCACCACUUGGUGUGAACAGAUGCUUCACGCUCUCAACACCUCUGCAAGUAACUCCUCUUCAGCAGAUGUGCCCGACAUCGUGGCAUAUCUGAAGGAGGUGGAGUCUCCGUAUGAUGUUCACGACUUCAUCCGUAUUUAUCUGGGUGAUACUAUUGAAGCCAAAGAGUUUGCCAAGCAGUUUCUGGAGCGCCGUGCCAAACAGAAAGCAAACCACCAGAGACAACAGCAGCAGCUAUCCAAGGAAGUUUCUGGAUUGAACAUGAACUUCCCCCUGCAGUCGAUGUUCCAGGCAGCUCACAUGAAUAAGGGCGGCAGUGUGUACGACACUCAGGGAGGAAAAGCGAAGAAAAAGUCUAGCAUGAUGUUCCCCUCCGACCCCAGUAUCCUCGGCUACUCAUACCUGGGGGGAGGUGAGCUGGAGCAGGUGGAGGAUUACUGACCCAGCCCGUCUACUUGAGUUUACCUGAGGCCUUAAACCUGGAGCAAAUCAGCAGAGGAAUGUGCACUGCUCAGCGAGGGGAGGGGCGGGGCAAUAUUUGCCAACGCCCCCCUCUUUCUUUCCCCCUCUUUCUCUCUCACUCUGCACUGCGAGAGGAGCAGGAGAGAGGGUUAUUGGGAGGUUCAGUGUGAAGAGGGAUAUCCUUUUUCACCUUCCUCCAGUAAAGCACCUUACUUAAACCGUUGCACUUUAAUGUUUUCAUAUUUGAAAUGGAGUUUUUUUACAAUGCAAAAAUGUGUGAAUAUAUUGUUGCAUAUAUUAUAUGUAGAGUAUUUGUAUGAGUAUACAUACGAGAGGUAGGAACGGAGCGGUUUUUCCGCCGUAUCGAACGCGAAGGUUGAGAGCAUUCUUAGGGGAGAUGACAGUUGACCAUCUCUCCUAAAAGACAAACACUGUUGUAUUUUUAUGUUCAUGGUAAAGCUAUAAAAAUUGAAUCUGAAAACUUGAAGAUUUGCACUUGUUUAACAUAAAAGAAAAAGAGAAAAAAAAUUCAACUUUAGAAUAGACCGAGGAUUUUUGUGAACAUGAGUGCGUGCGUUAGUGUGAGAUGAAGAAAAGUCUGCACAAAUUUUAUUGCUUACCGACAUGUAUAAAACAGAUGCCAUGCUUUUAUUUUGUUCGACACAAUUUUUGUACUUCAUUGAGCAUGUGUGAUUAAUUGCGUGAGUGUGGUUGGACAGAAGAAUUUUGUGUUCCGUCUUUUUGUACAUAUGUUCUACAUAAGAGGCGUAAUGGACAGUCAAGCAUUGCAUUUUUUACCCUCCAGUGUUUCAAGCAUGGCUGAGGUGCUCUUUGGCCCAUUGGCUGUGUUCUAAGAGGGCGAUCAGGGUCUCAGAGCUUGUGUUUGGUGUGUAAAUGUAGCUCCUCUGUUGUCUGUACACAAACUAUACUUGCGUUACAACUCUUCCCCUUCCCUUUUGGCCUUCUUUGUCCGUGAUGUGUGAAGUGUCUUCUGUCCAGAAAGAAUGUGUGUGUGGAUUUUGUUGGCUGGUAUUGGAGUCAGUCAUCACAGAGCUGUGAUCCUGUGUGCGUCUGUUGUUACUUUAUCAUUGCUAAAGAAUGAAUGAUUUAUUUUUUUAAUGUUCUAUACAAAGUAAGUAUUUGAACUUUGAGUUGGAGCACUUUCUAGGCUGCUACCUUGUAUUUUUUGAAUAUGUUUUUCUUGUUUGUUUUUUUAUUUUAAUUCUAAGGAUGUUGUAUUAUGAAUGAAUGUAUUUCAAAAAUGUAUAACAAUGCAUCAAAAGCAAGGCUCGAGUGUCUCGGAGCGGGACUAGCCUCCUCAUCCAAAAUAUGCCUAUUAUCAGAGGUCAGAUUCUGGGACGUGUGUGGCCUGUAUGGACCUGACGGUCUCCGGCUGCUUGUGCUCUUCCAAAACUUACACUGCAUCCGGAGAUUCCAAGUUUCUUGCCCAUCUCGAUGGAAUGUGCAGGACUGUCAGUUUUCUGUCUUAAUUGCGCUUUUAAUACAGCGCCAGUGAGAGCCAAGGAUCUUGCAGUGUGUAGCAGUCUUUUUUUUUUUU